GGGGCCAGGAGUGCGGCUUGCAGUGUGUAGGAACGGUGAGUGACGCUGCCUGCCCGCAGGGCCGAAAUAAAGGUUGUGAGGGGCCGCGUUGAAGAAUGUGUGGGCGAACAUCCUGCCAUUUACCUAGAGAUGUUCUCACAAGAGCAUGUGCCUAUCAGGAUCGUCAGGGCCAACAGCGGCUUCCAGAGUGGAGACAUCCUGACAAGUACUGCCCCUCUUACAACAACAGUCCUCAAUCAAAUAGCCCAGUGCUGCUGUCUCGAAUGCACUUUGAGAAGAGUGCAGACUCAUCUGAGCGUGUCAUUGCUCCCAUGCGAUGGGGCUUGGUCCCAUCUUGGUUCAAAGAAGGUGAUCCUUCCAAACUGCAAUUCAACACUAGCAACUGCCGUAGUGAUACUAUAAUGGAGAAACCGUCCUUCAAGGUGCCUCUAGGAAAAGGGAGACGCUGUGUUGUUUUAGCAGAUGGAUUCUAUGAGUGGCAGCGGUGUCAGAGAACAAGCCAGAGACAGCCAUACUUUAUCUACUUCCCCCAAAUAAAGACAGAAAAGUCUGGCAGCAUUGGUGCUGCAUACAGUCCUGAGGACUGGGAGAAAGUCUGGGACAACUGGAGGCCGCUAACAAUGGCUGGGAUCUUUGACUGCUGGGAGCCACCAGAGGGAGGAGACUGCCUGUAUUCCUACACUAUCAUCACAGUGGAUUCCUGCAAAGGCUUGAAUGACAUUCACCAUAGGAUGCCUGCCAUAUUAGAUGGAGAGGAAGCAGUUUCUAAAUGGCUUGACUUUGGUAAAAUCUCAACUCAAGAAGCUCUGAAGUUAAUCCACCCCACAGAGAACGUCAUCUUCCAUCCUGUCUCCCAUGUGGUGAACAACUCCCGAAACAACACUCCUGAGUGUCUGAUCCCUGUGGACUUACUGAUCAAAAAGGCUGCCACUCAAUCCACUGAACCAUACCAGCCAGGGCCAACUGCAUUAUUUUUGAUGUCUCUUCUCUGUACCUCUGCUUUCCCAACCACAAGAAGAAGUUCCAAUCCUUGUUCUGCUUCAGGACAAUUUGAGAACAUUUCUGCCAAAAACUUUAACUUCUUAGAAUCGGAGCUGAAGGCAAGUGGCAGCAGCCAGAAGAUGUUGCAGUGGCUGGCCACAAAGUCACCCAAAAAGGAAAACCCCGAAACAUCCCAAAAGGCAGAGUCAGAUGUGCCCCAAUGGUCCAGCCAGUUCCUGCAGAAGAGCCCAUUCCCCACCAAGAGAGGUAGUGCUAAACUCCUGGAACAAUGGCUGAAGAAGGAGAAAGAGGAGGAGCCAGUGGCCAAGAGGCCUCACAGCCAGUAAUGCAGGGCUUUGAGAGCCCAAGGUCAUGGUUUGCUGCACUGAAGACUAUUGCUCAUGACAGAUUCUUGCAUUGAGUGUAUGAAUUUGCUUUGGGAGGAGGUAGCCCGGUGCUAAUUAACAGCUGUGGGUUUAUUGGGGAGUGGCUAUCCUGUCUGUGACCAAGAACCCACAAUGGGGCAGCCUAGGAAGGGGAGGGUCCACCUCCAUCAACUCAUAGGGGUUCAUUAUGCCUGCAUUCUUCUUUUGGUAGGACUGAUUGGAGCCUUCCCUCAAAGCCUGACCCUGCCAGCAGUUCUUAGCACCAACCUUACCUGGUACUGCUAGUAAAAGGCCACUUUCUACUCAACCUUUGGACUCUUUCUGUCUUUUGGAAUUGAGUUCUUAAUACGUAUUUUUUUCUGAUUAAAUUAUAUUUGAUAAACGUCUAUAUUUCAGAAAAUGCUAUUCGUGGGGAUAGUUUUGGAUCUUACUAUUUUGGGCUUUCUGUGGACAAAACUGCUUUUUUGGAAACAAUAAAAAAGACUAGGUGCAGGGUUCUUCAUUGAGUCUCUUUUCUCUAAAUUUUGGAAGUUGUCUGAAUCCUGUAGCUUAAAACCUACUUGAAUGCCUGCCUGCCAAACACAGGGGACUGGGGGUAGAAUGGGGUACAGAGGUCAAGACCCUGUCCUAACACAGGGAGCUAGAGUCUGGGUGAGGAGAAAUCCCAAAGUCAUAGCCCUCCAAGCCCUAUGCAGAUCCCCAGCCUCUGGGUAGAGCAGGGCACAGAGGAUGACUUGGUCUUGUGGUACAGGUGGGAGUUGGCCAUCUGUCUGUACCAGCCUGGUCAGAGACUCUAUAAUUUGUUCUGUAAGCUACUCCUCGGCACUGAAUCACUUUAUCAUUAGCUAGUUAGUUAUUUGGGGUAGUUAUCUAUUGUCCCUCUGUCACCCAGAUCAUUAAUUCCAUGAAAGCAGAGACCGCUUUUUCAGUUUUGUUUUCUCGGUGUUAACUGUAGGUGUGCAAAUAUUUGUUAAAUGAAUGUGAGCAGUUAUUACAUGUCCUGCCCUCUUGUAGGCAAGGAGCCACAGGCAUUAACUAGAUGCCACACCUGGCAAUUAAGCACACAUGUGAGUGCACAUGUGUGUGCCCCCCAAUCAGGCUGUGUUUUGCCAGGAGAGAGCCUUCCUGGGUGAUUAGCUUUUAACUGUUUGGAACAUUCAGGCCCUGCAGAAUGCUGUCCUGUGCUGCUGUGUGGAAGCAGGCUCUGAGCCAAGUGGAGGGCAGGCUGCACCACCACCACCACCAGAUCUCUGGAGGGGCUCUGGCUGAAGCCCUUUGCAAAUCAGGGGUCAAUGUCUUCACUAAUCAGAGGGCAGUUCCAGUACCUCUUGGCAGAGGUGAGAGGAGGGAGGUAUCUGGCUCCAACACUUGCAGUGACUUCCACCUACUGUGCCUUGUCUCUAAAUUUAUCUUUAGAUCACCAUUCCAGGUGAGGAGGUGAGAUCACCCUGGUGGUGGUUUGUACUCAAGAACCUUUCACUGAAGGUCAGGGGUGCUUUGCUUUGUAGCCUCCGGUUUUGUUUGAGCUGAUUUGCUGAUUUGGUGGUAUUACUGAGAGACUUUAAAAAUACAUAUAACUUACCAGAAGGUUGACUGUUAGGACUUUUGUCAUAUUUGCUUCAGGUUUAGUAAACAACAGAUAUGAGAUUCCCUUUAUUUUUCAUUACUAUUUUCCCAUUGUCAGGGUUGUAAGUCAGUUUGGCAGGGUCUUUUCAUUUUAAUUAGAAGGAAUAGAAUGUUCUCAGCAGUGUGUUCUUUUCAUUUAAAUUUUUAUACUUUCACAUAAAUGUGAUGUUAAAAGCAUAUUCUUAUAUCUGAGAACAUGUUUUGUGAUUUUAGGUUUACAUAAAUGGUAUCUUGGACAUUUCA